GCACCGUCACCAUUAUGGGGAAAGCUGCCAAAUCGACACGUAAAUUCAAAGCUAGCGGUCAGCUCAAGAAGACGAUUGAGAUUCGGAAAAAGGCCCAGGCGCACAAAAAGAAGAUUGAAAGCCGACGAGGAGCCAAAGGCAAGAACAAGCCGGCGCCGGUGAACUCGGAAGACGGGACUGACAACGAGGAGGAGGGCGAGCCUCAACAGGAAAAUGGCAAGAAAGGUGGAAAGAGUGCCAAGGGUAUGUCAGUAGACGAUUUCCUAGGAGCAGAUUUUAUGGACGAGGAUGGUGAUGAUGACGAAGCUGAUGGCUCAGACGCCGAUGACGACGAAGACUUGGAGGACAUUCCGGAUGACCAGUCCUUCGCAUCCGUCGAUGAUUUGGAAGACGAGGGCCAAGCGCAUAUGUUUGAGCUAUCUAAGCUUGCAGAACAGGACCCCGAGUUUUACAAGUAUCUCCAAGAGAAUGACCGUGAACUACUCGAGUUCGAUCCGGAGGGCGCGGAUCAAGAGGAUGAGGGUGAGGAUGAAGACGAAGAAAUGGGAGACGCGGAGGACGAGAAACUCCCAGUGCUCACCUUGAAGCUACUCCGGAGUUGGCAAAAAUUGCUCAUAGAGCAACGCUCUCUAAAAGUGCUGCGAAAACUUCUAAUUGCAUUCCGAUCGGCGGCUCGGACAGAAGACGAGGACCAAGGAGCCGUUUGGAGCAUUGACAACGCCGAAGUUUACAGCAAGCUCGUUUCGACCGCUCUUCGAUACACUCCUGUGGUGCUAGAGCACCAUGCACCUUACAAAACACUAGCGAAUGGCAAAUUUAAGCCCCCAACACAAACAACAAAACAAAAGACGCUUUCGAAACUUGUUCUCUCAUACUUCUACAACAUUAUCCAUGUGUUGUCUCAGCUGACUGACAAUGAUACGCUCACCCUUGCCAUCACCGAAAGCGCUAAACUCCUCCCCUACGUCAUAACAAGUCGGAAAGCCGUCAAGCUAUAUCUUAAGAAAUGCUUGGAGCUUUGGUCGACUGCCGAUGACCAUGUCCGGAUAGCGGCGUUCUCGGCCAUACGGCGCUUGGCUUCGUCUUCUGACGAUUCGAUCAUGGAUAUGGUUCUAAAGGGCACAUACUUGGAACUCGUACGCUCGUGCAAAUCUACGACAGCGCACAAGCUUCCGUUUAUCAAUCUCAUGAAGAACUGUGCGGCGGAACUGUUCUGCAUAGACCAUGCAUCCUCGUAUCAGCUUGCAUUUGGGUAUAUUCGUCAACUUGCUAUCCAUUUGCGCAAUAGCAUGAAGAACAAGACGAAGGAGGCCUAUAAACAGGUGUACAACUGGCAGUAUGUCCAUUGUGUCGACUUCUGGACAUUGGUACUAUCAAAGGCCUGCAAUGCCCAAACGUUCGCUGAACGGGGUGGAGAAGAGAGCGAGCUUAAAGCGCUUGUUUAUCCGCUUGUCCAGGUCAGCCUUGGGGCUAUGAAGCUUGUCUCGAAUUCGCGGACGUAUCCAUUCCACAUACAUAUCUCGCGUUCCAUGCUUCACUUGACCCAACAUACGCGGACAUUCAUCCCCCUCUCGCCAUACCUUGUCCCUAUCUUGACUGGCACGCUGUCGAGCUCGAGCAAACCCAAAUCAUCUACGCUGCGGCCACUGGAAUUCGACACGAACAUACGUGCUCCUUCGCAAUAUCUCAAGACAAAGGUCUACACAGAGGGUCUUGUUGAGGAGGCCUGCUUCGUGUUAGCAGAAUGGCUUUCCAGUCCCUCGAUCCAGGGAAGUGUGGCUUUCCCCGAAAUCGUCGUCCCGGUCGUCGUUGCUCUUCGCAAGGGGCUUAAGACCGCCAAAUCAAAAUCUAAAGGCGCAGGAGGGAAAGAGACGGGCAUUGUCAAGAAUCUCGUCGAGCGCAUAGAGGAGAGCUCGCGCUGGGUGGAGCAGGCGCGCAAGGGCCUGACUUUCGGACCCGGGAAGAUGGGCGACGUAGAGGCAUGGGAGGCAGAGGUGAAGGUGGCGAAUUCGCCAUUAGGCAAGUACGUCGGAGUGCAGCGGAAGGCAAGGGAAAAGAAGAGUCGCCUAGUGGAAAAGGCAAGAAAGGGGGAGGAUGAGAUUUUGGACGAGUGAUCACGGCGGAAGUUCAAUCUUAGCUCAGAAUGAUGCUACCGUUUCGCAACUUGUGUCCCCAGUCGCCGUGGCAAACGUAAGCUCCACAUCCAAAGCGUGCCACUAUCAUGGACUGUGUCGGGGUUUAGGUGAAUGCUGACGCUGGGCGCCGCCGCCACUAGGGGUAAAGAGUUUAGGAGAGACGGUGAUCUGUUCUAAUGAGCCAGCCAUAUGGCGCGGAUGAGAGCC